GUGUAACAAACUCGUAAACAAAAAUUGAAUUAAAAUUAUUUCUUAUCAUGUUGUUACCUUUGUCUAAAAAUAUUGAUCUAAUAAAUAUUCUAAUAAAACAGUUUUAUAGAGGUUCUUUGGAUUUUACCAUCAAGACAGAAGAUGUGCAAGAAAUGACUUGGAGUAAACAGGAAAAGUUUUUGAGUGCAACUGUUAACAAUCCACUGAUAAAAAGGUACCCAGUAAAAAGAGAAUUUUCCAGAUUAUUCUUAAAAAAGUUAAUAGCCUUCCUUGAGGGUGUUCAAGAAGUGAAUGAUGGUGUUUAUGAGAAUUUAUGUAAGGUAAUGGAUAGCUCACAAAACGACUUUUGCUAUCGCCAUUAUAUCAUUGGUGAAGGUAUUCAAAAUAUCGUUACUGUAAAGGAAACAAAUAACAUGGUUGUUAAUGGCACAACGGGAUUACGUACGUGGGAGGCAGCAAUUAUGCUCGCAGAUUGGGCAUUGUGUAACAUUGAAAUAAUUAAGGAGAAAAAGAUUCUAGAACUUGGCUCUGGUGUUGGAUUCACUGGUAUUGUAAUUGGAAAAUUUUGUCAACCUGAAUCUAUUUUACUAACUGACUGCCAUGAAGAUGUUCUAAAGACAAUAGAAGAGAAUGUCUCCAUUAAUUUUCCCAUGUUGAAACGGCAUCAAAUGCCUGAAUCUGUUUUAUUCAAGGGUACUGCUGAUGUUUCAUUAGGAAUUAUGAAUUUAGACUGGAAUCACAUUGAUGAUGUUCCAAGUGAAUUAUGUCCAGACAUUAUUAUUGGAAGUGAUAUUAUUUAUGAUCCAGCAAUAAUUAAACCUUUAUGUAACGUCAUAAAAGCUUUGUGUGACAAAAACGAGAAUAUUAAAAUUUACAUCGCUGGAGUGCUAAGAAAUGAAGAAACAUACAACAUGUUUCUGGAAAGAAUAACGUCGUUUUUUUUCUUUUUCAGAAAAUAUUAAUUUAGAAUAUGAAGAUAUACAACUUACGGAAAAUGUUUUUGUAGAAUGGGAUAUUAAGGUAAAACAGUAUUUGUUAAGAAUUAAUAAAAUAUCUGAAACGUGAAA